AUGAGCAAUGGCAAUGGAAACGUAUCGCAUCUCAACGUCACCGCCGAGCAUGCACCGGUCACGUUCGAGCGACCCUACCGCCUCGACACCGACCAGUUCAUCGAGAAGCCGUUCGUUGCGCGUGCAUCGUACGCGCCGAGCGUCGAGCAUCCCAGUGGGACUGUUCCGUAUGCACGCAAGCAUAAAGAUUGGUCGGUGAUGCAGCAGCAUGUCAUGUUCUGGGACAGAGAUGGAGAUGGAGAGAUAUGGCCUCUGGAUACGUUUAUAGGCUUCCGCGAGCUUGGUUUCAACAUUCUUUUUUGUCUUUUUGCCGUGUUCGUCAUCAACGGUACCUUCUCCUUUCCCUCACGCCUUGCGCACUCGUACCUUCCGGAUCCCUUCUUCCGGGUAUACGUCUCCGGUAUUCACAAAGACAAGCACGGCUCCGAUACCGGUGUAUACGACAACGAGGGACGUUUCAUCCCCUCGCGCUUCGAGGAUAUCUUCACGAAAUACGCUUCCGCCACCGAGCCGAAUCUCACCACUCCCGCGACGUCGCUCAACCUCAGAGAGGUGUACAACAUGACGGCCGGCCAGCGAUUGGCUGUCGACCCCUUUGGAUGGGGCGCAGCGAUUUUCGAGUGGAGCACGACCUGUCUGCUCAUCCAGAAGGAUGGAAGGGUGGAGAAGGAUGACCUAAGGAGGUUGUAUGAUGGAUCUCUGUUUUAUGAGAUUAGGGGGAGGAGACAGAGUGGCGAGGGUUGGAACAAGGGGUGGGGGUUAGGCGGCGAUGGGUUUAUCGGUGGUGAAAAGGUGCUCCCGUUUGGUUUGUGA